CGGGUUCUCCGGGCCGUGACAGACCGCCCUCCCCUCCUCCAUCAUGUCCAGUUUCCACCUGCUGGCCGGAUGGUGACAAACGCACCGGGAGCAGCUGCUGUUUCAGAUCUCUGGAGUCAUGAAGGAGUUCCUGUUUGUCCUCCUGCUGGUCGCCGAGUCGUCCUGCGUGUUUCUGAACUGGACGUGUAAUCGAAGCUGCGUUUGCCAUGGAGACCUUAAGUUCAUCACCUGCUCGCAUGAUGACCUCACCCAGCUACCCGUCAAGGUCCCGCCCUCCACCGAACUCCUGGACCUGUCCAACAACCUCAUCUCCGUCGUCCCCAAACACGUCUUCAGCAGCAACCGCAAGCUGAGGGUUCUGCUGCUGCAGAACAACAACAUCAGCCUGGUGGAGGACGGUGGCUUCGCCCAGCUGGAGUUCCUGCAGAAGCUGGACCUGAGCUGGAACCGGCUCUCCGUCCUCACUGAGGGAUUCUCCGUCGGCCUGGCCUUCCUGCGGGAGCUGCAGUUGUCCCACAACCAGCUGACCGGCCUGGACAGUCGGAGUUUCCUCCACCUGGACGGCUUGCAGAGGUUAAACCUGACCAACAACAGCAUCCAGAGCAUGGAGGUGAGGUCGUUCUCCUCCAUGAGCGGCCUGCGCCAGCUCCACCUGCAGGACAACCAGCUGACGUCUCUGCGGAGCGGCACCUUCUCUAUGCUGCGCUCGCUGGAGGUCCUCAACCUCGCUGGCAACCAGAUCCAUGAGAUGGAGUUAGCGGUGUUCAACCCGCUCACCAGCAUGACCUUACUGAACCUGGCAGACAACCAGCUGUCCACCGUCUGCUUCAAGACCUUCCUGAGCAUCCACACCUACAGCACCCACAUCCUGCUGCGGGGAAACCCCUGGAACUGCGACUGCGAGCUGCAGAGGGUUUUCCGGAAGCUGCGCAGCAUCCAGAGGAUCUUCCUGGACGACUACUACAACCUGACCUGCAGGGAGCCGUCUGUCCUGCACAACCACCGGCUGAUGGAGGUGGACGCCGAGCUGUGCAUUGCUGAGACCGUCACCGUGCUCAUCAUCACCAUCACCGUGGUGAUAACCGUGCUGGCCGCCAUGCUUAUGGGCGAGAGGAAGAAGAAGAAGAGGAGGAAGGGGCUGCACUGGACGCAGCAGGGGGAAUUCUCAGAUGACUCAGAUUUCUGAAGCUAACUGGUUUAUUUACAGCUAAAGUGAAACUCAACGGUAUUCAUUUGCCUUUAACUCUUGAUGUUACACGGACAAGCCCCUCCCUCUGCGUUCUCCUAACCAAUCAAAAUACAGGAAAUCUAAAUUCUUGGGUGGUCAAAGGAAGUUCAAACCUGCAGGGAGCCUGUAAAAUACUCUCCAUCUUCAUCCAGACUGAAUAAAAACAGCUUUCAAAACAGAACUGAUAUGGUGGGAUGGUAUGGAUUUAUUUUGUGAUAUUAUUGUGAUGACAAUAAGA